AUCUCUUUCAACUUCGUAGCCGCGAAUAGUAUUUGUCCUGUUUUGUGUUGCCCUCACAUAUGCUUGUGAUAUGAAUUUUAAGCGUGGUUUAACAACAAAAACAAACAACCAAAGCAACGGAUGUGUCUUUAAAUUUGUGAAUUGUUGUGUUGCUCACUGCAUUUAAUGCAAUAUAAAUUGGAUAUAAGAAUAGUUUCUGCAUAUAUCAAAAGGUUUGAGUGAUCAAAAGAGAGAGAAAAGUAGAAGACAUAGUUUUCAUCUGAAUUUUGGCAGAUUAUCUGUAGUUUCAGAUUCUAUUACGAUAUACGAGAAAAGUGCUUUUAAUGGGAUAUGGCUUCGAAAGCAACCAAAUCAAAGUUAGACAAUCCACAAAACGUAAACCAGACAUGCCGACUUUGUAUGGGGGAGAAGUCCCUGCAAAAUAUUGUCAACCACAAGAAGCUUCAUCAAUGGAUUUCAGAUUUUCUCUCCAUAAAGAUUUCCAGUCAAGAUGGGAUGAGUCAAGCCGUUUGCGCUAUAUGUCGAAAAAUGUUGUUUAAAUUCUACGAGUUUUCAAUACGUUGCAAGGUAGUACAAGGUGUAUUGCAAGCUAAGCUACGGAGUGAAACUACACGAAAGGCUAAGGAAACUGAAUGCCAAAUAUGUCAUAAGAUAUACAAAACGGAAAAACACCUCAUCGAUCACAUGAGAUACCAUGGGCCAAAAAAUCAUGUGUGUACGACCUGCGGAAAAGCGUUUACAAGACGACAUCAAUUGGAUAAACACGUGAAAACUCAUUCAAAACAGAAAGUUGAGGUUCAACCUAUUUCUCAGUUGGAAGAAAGGACGAUUACUGUACAAGAAGGUUUAAAAUCAAAAGCUGAACACUGCGAGGCAGAUGAUUUAACAAUGGGUACGCAAAAACAGCUCGAAGAUACUGAGUCAGUAGCAAAUGAAACAGGGCAAUUGAGUGAAAGUUAUAGCGAUAUAAUGCUACAACAACAUGACAUAAAAAUAGAAAUAAUUCCGAUAGAUUCGUCCCUUUUGAACGACCGUGAAGAUAUUUUAGAUGAAAAUGCUCAAGAAGUAGGAGACGAAGACGGUCAAUUUGUCAUUGAGGAUAUUAUUGUCAUAGAACAAGUGAAAAUAGAACCCCAUCCAGAUGAUAAUGUAGUAACGUUUCCUGACGAGACUUUUACAAAAAUGAAUGAAGACAACGAAGACGAGACGAUCAAUCAAAAUGAGAAUAGUCCACAGUAUGACUCCAGAAUGGCUGAAAGCUCAAAUUUCAACAAAAAUAUCACUGUAGAAACAGAUGCCACUAACGACAAUGGUGGGAAUGGGAAUGGAUAUGCGUGCUCAAAAUGUGAUCGCUCUUUUAAACGACAAUGCCAAUUGAAAAAUCAUAUGGCUAAUCACGAAAAAGCUGAAGAUUCCAAUGAUGCUUAUGAUGAAGCCGAGGAAGAAGCAUUGAAUGAGGAUGAUGCAGAAUCAUAUCAGGCAGAAAAUGAAGAUACUGAAGAACACGAUUCAAAUGACGACAAAACAACAACUGAGGGAACCCAUCCAUUGACAACUAAUAAUAGCGUUGUAAAGGAUGGAUUUGAAUGUAAUAUUUGCCACAAGGUAGUAUCGGAUAAGAGGAAGUUAAAGGAUCACAAAAGGAGUCAUAAACCCAAAGAUCAUGUAUGCUCUAUUUGUGAAAAACCAUUCGUGAGACGACCUGUUAUGUUGAGGCACAUGCUGACCCAUGUAUCACGACCUAAAUAUCAACGAAAAAAACCAGUGAUAGAAGAAGGACCAUUUCAGUGUGAUAUGUGUCAAAAGGAGUUUAAAAGCAAAAACAAACUUCAUUGCCAUAACAUGAAAGUGCAUGGGCCAAAGAAGCACGAGUGCAACAUUUGCGGAUCUAGAUUUAUAGAGCGUUUUACUCUGAAAAUGCAUCUGAAAUCACAUGCUCGAUCUCGCGAUAGGGAGGAGGACUUUCAGCAGUUUAAACAAAUGCUUCAGAUGAGCACAUCUUCUAAUCCAGAUAACGGUGAAAAAGGGACUGGAGCAGGUUCUAUCACAUCGUCCCAAACAAUACAAAACUCAGGCGAGUUGGCGUUAGAAUGCGUGAAAUGCCACAAGGCGUUUAAAACUCAGCGUGAUUUAUUAAGACACUACAAAUACAAUCAUGUACCAAAAAAUCGCCUUUAUUGCACUAUGUGCAGUUUGGUAUUUGUGACAAGGAAACGAUUGGAGCUUCAUAUGUUAAAACACCAACAAGAAAAUGACAGCUCUCAGUCCAAAAUGGCGGAAAACUUGAGCGAAAAUGACGCGGACAAGGUUGUCAAGCAAACGAUAGAAUCAGUACAACACACAGGAUCUACUGAUCAGCAAAUACAGGAUAAUAAAGACAUUGCUAAAGCUAUACCAUUCCAGUGCAAUAUAUGUCAAAAGCCGUAUGAAACUAGGCUAAAAUUAUAUUUACAUCAUAGAGCAGUGCACGGUCCGAAAAAUCAUAACUGUCUUAUUUGCGCGAUUCGUUUUGCCACCCGACUAGAGCUAAAAAAGCACUUAUGUACAAAGCAGCACAUGAGAAAAUUACAAGAGGCACUUGGGAACAAAUCAGCUGCCGGGUCAACUAAUGAUUCUGAAAAGGAUCCUAAGGGAGAUAUAAUGGAAACGAACGAUCCACUGCUACUAACAAAAGAAGUAGCCUCCAGCAUUCAGCAAGAGGUGCAGUGUGAUGUGUGUCUCAAGUUUUAUCCGAAUAAGUGGAGAUUGCGCAAUCACAAGAGAUACCAUGGACCCAGGAUUCAUAAAUGCACUAUUUGUGACAGAGGGUUUGCAAUGAGGGAUUUCAUGUUGAGACACAUGCAAACACAUAAAUCAGACAACAAACGCAAACGGCUGAAACCCUUAUUAGAAGGUGAAACAAUUAAGUGUGAUUUCUGCCCAAAGGAGUUCAAAAACUUUGCAACAUUAUGGAGCCACAAGAAAAGAACCCACGGACCAAAAAAUCAUGAGUGCCAUAUUUGCGGUUUCAGAUAUUCCCAAAAUUACAUACUAAAAAAGCAUUUGGAAAUGCACACCCGACAUGGCGACAGUGCUGAGGACUAUCGUUUGUUGAAACAAAUGCAAGACAAGAGGAAAUCAACAGUUCCAGUUCCGCAAAUCCGGAUGAAUAAUGAAGGACCACUGGAGUGUUCUAAAUGUCAUAAAAAGUUCAAAAAUCAAAAACUUCUAGGACUGCACUACAAAUUUCGCCACAUUUCGAAAAACAUCCGAAAGUGCCAUUUGUGCAACAAAUUUGUAACAAUCGUUCGUUUUGAAAAACAUAUGCGUACGAAACACAAGAACGAAGAUGGUACCACUCGAUCCCCAGAGUGUGAUAAAUGUGAUGCAGUUUUCCCAACUUACGAUCAACUGGAGAAACACAUGGACAUUCAUGGCCCGAAGAAAUAUGACUGCAAAAUAUGCGACAAAUCAUUUAAAGCAUCGAGACUUUUGGUGAAACAUUUGAAAUUUCAUGAGAAUAACACGGGCGAUAAGGAAGAAAACAAUCAAGACUAGUGGAGAAAGCAAGAAAUUGAUGCGAAUCUCAUGAAUCAAAGAUAAUUAUAUAGAGGGGAGAGCGACACUAGUUUUUCCAACCCCAAAAAAGGCGAAAAAAGUAAAAAAAAAAGCCGCAAAACUUUUGCGGGUUUUAGCGAUUUUUUUCAGCUUUUUUUGAGGUUUUUUGGCUUGGCAAAACUAGUGUGGCUCCCCUGUUAUAUAGCAAUUCAGUUAACCUACAUGAUUUAAAUUUUGAGCCAAACUUUGAAUUUGGCUUGAAUGCAUGAAUUUUAAAAAUUUCGCUUUGGUUUAGAUAGGCUAUCAGAAAAAAAGAAUAACACUAUACUCUCUAAACUUCAUUCAGAAUAGACUCCUCCAGGGGGAGCGACACUAGUUUUGCCAAGUCUAAAACCUCAAAAAAGUUGAAAAAAGAUCAAAGAAGUCGCUAAAACCCGCAAAAGUUUUGCGGAUUUUUCCGUUUUUUUCGACUUUUUUCGGCUUUUUUGGGGUUUUUCGGUUUGGCAAAACUAGUGUUGAUCCCCCCGGACUCCUCUUACCCUAACUUGGACCAACAAUAGACAACUAGUUGAUCAAUUUAUAUUGAAUAUUUGAGAACUUUUGAUACAUCUUACAAAAAGUUACAGUUUGUUACGCAUUUUUGAAAAAGUCAGAAUUUUGUUUUCCCGAUCAAUUAUUUGUCUAUCCAUUUUAGUUAGAUUAGGUAAGGUUAGUUAGGUAACAAAAUCGAACAAAUAAAUCAAAAUAUAUGAAUUUAUUGUUUUUUUUUCGGACAAUAGAAGCUGGCAUCGCGAGGAAGACCUUUUUAAUUUGUUCAGUUUUAUCAUAUAUUUGGUGCUACAUACAUCAGCCUUGGCCGUGUUUCACAUUUGCUAGAUCAAACUCUAUCGCCCCUAUCGCCGCUCUACCCAUCAUCGUUUUUGGUACGGCGCUUUUUUGGUACCCACUUUCUGGUCGGUUUACCCCAACUUGCUCCUGAUUUUCGGGUGUGCGGCUCGUGUGUUGCUAGUGCUUAUUUCGAAAAUUACACAUUUCAAACGAAAUCGUUGUUUUUGACGAUUGUUUCUCUUUCGUUAUCACUUUGCACGAUAUUAUAUGUAGCAGCGAAGCAGUGUCGAUGUUUCCAGCGCAUUUUUUCCAUGAAUCAAGCAAUCGAAACAAAAACAUUGGACGCCAUGUUGAAUUGAAUGCUGGGUUGAUGAUUCUGGCCCUUAAUAACACUAAAAUACACAAAGCACUUAACAUUACACACCUGAAAUCAGUUCACCUUUCGCGGAUAUCAUGUUAU